AUGGAUAUCUUCAGCGAAAGGGAAGAGAAAGAGACAAAGCGUAGAAAUUACGCUUCAUACUGGGAGGACCUCCAGACUGCCGCCGCUAAGAUUCAGGACGCAGAUUUCGUUUCCCUAGGGUUGGAUCCUGCCACUCAUACUGUUGGCAGCCUACCCACGACUGGAUUAUGUGAUAGCCUUGUUCGGUCUAAAGCCCGUGUCACCACGGCAAUGGGUGUAGCUGCUCCGUAUUCUACCGCUACUUCGACAAGUGGACACGGAGCUACUUCGUGGGUCCAAUCGCUCCACCCUGCCAGUCCACUCCAAAGGUCUUCCUCUGACAGAAGGACAGACCAUGAUUUCAUACGGGGGCCCUUACGCACGUAA